AUGCUUUCUUUGAUUACAUUACCCGUUAAGUAUUGCCAAGAUAUUGAAAAUAUCCUUUUUUUUGUGUCGGCCAUCUUUCGUCAUAAUCAUUUUCAUUUCAAUGUAAAUUACUCAUUGUUUUGCAAACAAUGGCAAAGACGUACAAAACCAGGCAUCGGAGCAGAGAAUCGUACAGCUAUUGGGAAAAAUCAACCUGGUAGCAGAAGAUCAACGAUAAUAGGAGCGCCUGUACAUUCAUCGGGUACAUUGGUUCAUAUUACCGAUCCAUCUUCCCCAGUACAAUUAAAUGUUUUUACCUAUGAUGGGGAUACUUUCACGGAAGGAAAAUAUAAAAAGGUAGAUGAUAUUCCUGUUAGUUCAACAGCGCCUAGUACACAAAUGACGUGGAUUGAUGUCGAUGGUGUACAUUAUUCAGAUGUCAUAUCUCAGUUAGCUGAUCGAUACGACAUUCAUUCACUAGUGCAAACAGAUAUAAAGACAACAGAACAACGAACGAAACUCGAUGUACUUGAUGAUUCGUUAUUUCUUGUAUGCAAAUUAAUCUUUCGUGAUGUAGCGAACACGGGACAUACAAUUAUUGAGCAAAUGACUUUUUAUUUGAAAGAGAAUAUUCUUAUAACGUUUCAAGAAACACCCAAAGAUUUAUUCGAUUCAAUUAAAAAUCGCAUUCGACAAGGCAAAGGACGCAUAAGAAAAUCUAAGGUUGAUUAUUUGUUCUAUUCUCUCGUUGACGUCGUUGUCGAUCAUUAUAUGGAUGUACUGGAUACGAUGGGUUCAAAAGUCGAAGCGAUUGAUAAUCAAUUGAUGAAAACAUUAAAACGCGACACAUUAGAAUCAAUCUAUGAUAUGAAACGUGACAUGCUCUAUCUACGCUCGAUCAUAUCGCCAUUAAAAGAAAUUAUUAUUAAACUACAGAAAGAAGAAGAAACUAUGAUUAUGCAGGAGAGCACAAACAUCUACUUGAAAGAUUUAUUUGAUCAUGUUGUUCAAGUUAAUGAUUCGAUUGAUACGUAUAGAGAAAUGUUAGCGUCAUUUAUUGAUUUCUAUAUGAUGUUAAAUUCUAAUGCGAUGAAUGAAGUGGUGAAAACAUUAACAAUCAUAUCAACUAUUUUUAUACCGUUGACAUUUAUAAGUGGAAUAUACGGCAUGAACUUUGAAAAUAUGCCCGAGUUAAAGUACGAAUACGGUUAUUACAUUGUAUUAAGUGUUAUGGCUACUUUGGCCAUUCUCAUGUUGGGAUGUUUUAAACAUAAACAUUGGUUUUAA